CGUCACGAGGUUUCACUGUGCCCAUGCAGGCCAGGCAUGCCGUGAGCCAUGACAUCCGCAGCAUCGGUGCUGGAGUUGGCGGAGCCCAUCUGCCUCAUUGAGAACCAAGCAGGGCAGGGGCUGGCGGUGCGGCAGGACGCCCUGCAGGUGCUGGCCAACGUCACGCAGCCCGUGGUGGUGGUGGCCAUCACCGGGCUGUACCGCAGCGGCAAGUCCUACCUGCUGAACCGGCUGGCCGGGCGGAGGACGGGUUUCUCCCUGGGCUGCAAUGUGCAGGGUCACACCAAAGGAAUCUGGAUGUGGUGCCUGCCUCACCCCCGCCAGCCCGGACACACGCUGGUGCUGCUGGACACCGAAGGGCUGGGCGAUGUGGAGAAGGGGGACACCAAGAACGACGCGUGGAUCUUCGUGCUGGCCGUGCUGCUCUCCAGCACCCUGAUCUACAACAGCAGGGGCACCAUCGACCAGCAGGCCCUGGAGAACCUGCACUACGUGCUGACGCUUGCAGAGCACAUCAGGCUGAGCAACAGCCCCGGGGAGAGCAGGGCCGCCGAGUUGGCCCAGUUCUUGCCAAGCUUUGUGUGGGCCGUGCGGGACUUCACGCUGCAGCUGGAGGCGGAUGGGAAGGAGCUCUCCGAGGACGAAUACUUGGAGCAGGCGCUGAAGCUGAGGGGCGGCAGCAGCGCGGAGGCCGAGCGCUACAACCGCCUGCGGGAAUGCAUCCGCCAGUUCUUCCCCGAGCGCAGGUGCUUCGUUUUCGACCUGCCCGCAGGGAAGAAGGACCUGCCCCGCCUGGAGGAGCUCCUGGACGACAGGAUGGACCCUGAGUUCCGGCAGCAACUGGAGAAAUUCUGCAGCUACAUCUGGGAGAGGUCUCCACCGAAGACCAUCCCCAGCGGCUGCAAAGUAACAGGGCACAUGCUGGGCACCCUGGCGGUGAGCUACGUGGACGCCAUCCGGAGCGGGGCCAUGCCGUGCCUGGAGAGCGCGGUGCUGGCCCUGGCGGAGCUGAACAACUCGGCGGUGGUGCGGGAAGCUGCAGCCUUGUACCGGGAGCUGAUGGAGCAGCGGGCGACGCUGCCCAUGGAGACGGCUCAGGAGCUGCACGAGCUGCACGAGCUGUGUGAGCAGGAGACACUGCAGCUCUUCACAGAACGGGCGAUCACAGACGACAUCGAGCGCUUCCAGGCGGAGCUUCUGGUGGGUGCUCUCCUGCACGGCCAGCUCUGCCCCACUCGGCAGGUGGAGAAAGCCAGGCUGGAGUUCUGCAGCCGCGACGGGCAGGCAUCCCACGAGAAGUGCACGGCCGCACUGCAGGAGCUGUCCCGAGAGAUGGAGCAACGGAUCAACAACAGCGGCUACUUGGUGCCUGGGGGUCACCGGCUGUUCCUGGGAGACCAGCAGGCGCUGGUGGAGCGGUACCGGGCGCUGCCGGGCAAAGGGGUGAAGGCGGACGCUGUCCUGCACGAGUUCCUUCAGAGGACAGAGCCUUUGGCCAGAAGCAUCCGCAGCAUAGACCAUGCCCUGAUGGAGAAGGAUGAGCAAAUCAAAGGUAACUUCUGUCCUGGAGAAACGCUACCGCCUCCAGAGGGGCUCAGGGCUGGGGAGGAGACAGCGCUGCCUGGGGACUGGGGGUCUGCUCCUCCCGUACAGCAGCUCUGCUUCUUCCACCAGACCUGGCUCAAGGAGGAGCCAAGGAAGUUUGUGUACUCGUAG